AUGCACCAUUACCAAGAGUCAAUAAAGAAAUGUUCCCGGUUGACCCUGCAAUUCUCGGACGCUCAAUUCCACGACCUUGCAGACCAAUCGGACAAAUUUCCAAGAGAUUUGCAAACACACCAAUCAAGACACUGCAACCGGAAUGUCAUGAGGUUAGGCGUUCUUGUUGUCAGUCUAAUAUGUUUGAAUAAACCUCUAUUUUUAAUUGCUUUUUGCAAUUUUAAAUUACAAAUCAUAGUAUGCCCCAUAAGGUUCCAUACUAAACCACUAAUAAACAUAUUACCGCUUAAUUUUUAUUGA